AUGACUGCCCAUAAGCAGUCAAGAAGAUUUUCAUUUGGGGAGACUUCAUUGUUGUUAAGGGAGCUUACGGCACAACCAUUGGGUAAAGAGGAGGGUAAAUUGGAAGUAAUGGCCUCAUGGGCCGCCUUAUCAAAGGAUUUUCCUGAUGUUGGCCUAGAGCGAGGAGGGAGAAAUACAGUUUUCCUGUAUGAUGUUGCUGACGGGAAACUUGGGAAGGGAUAUUACAAUCAUCACCAGAAUGGGCUAGAGUACAACAAAAACACCUAG